AUGAUUCUGUGGCAUAUCGGCGACUUGCUUGUUAGGCUCGAGGGUGAAAGUCUCCCGACAAUUGGGGCAGUGGAAUUGUCGAAUUGGUUGACCGCGAAGUGCGUUGGCACGACAUGUUUCAACAACGCCUUCGAGACAAACGUUACAGAAGGAAUACAUACAUACAUACAUACAAGAAUUUAUUUAGGCACGCUGGCCUCAACAACUCGGAGCUGAUUUCCAUGAGGGGCGUGAUUUGGAAAAAUAUACAGAACAGGUAAACAUUAAAAAUACAAAAACAAAGAAAGAAGAAUUACAUAUACAGUAGGCAACAGGACGAGCCAAUUUUAAGUGUUUGCCUGAUUAAUAGUUCUUUGAAAAGAACUUAAAGAUUCCGCUACUUUUACCUGAUACGGUAAAGUAUUCCAUACUACCGCUCCGUUAUAUUUGAAGCAUCUUUUACCAGAAUCGGUAUUCGGUUUAGGAAGAGACAAAUCGGUUUCUCUACUUCUAAGAUCAUAGGUAUUAUCCAAUUGAAAGGAUGUUCUUAGAUUUGCCGCGGUGUGGUUAUUCAGACUUUUAUACAUGAAAACAGAUUUUAGAUAAGUUCGCCUUAGUUCUAGGUGUUUCCAACCCAGGCUUUCAAGUAACAUCGUAAGUCGCACUAGAAAUUACUCUUGCAGCCCGAUUUUGAAAUUUCUGCAACCUGUCCUUGAGGACAGCGUUCCUCACUCUGAGGACAGCGUUCCUCACUCUGAGGACAGCGUUCCUCACUCUGAGGACAGCGUUCCUCACUCUGAGCACAGCGUUCCUCACUCUGAGGACAGCGUUCCUCACUCUGAGGACAGCGUUCCUCACUCUGAGGACAGCGUUCCUCACUCUGAGGACAGCGUUCCUCACUCUGAGGACAGCGUUCCUCACUCUGAGGACAGCGUUCCUCACUCUGAGGAAAGCGUUCUUCACUCUGAGGACAGCGUUCCUCACUCUGAGGAAAGCGUUCCUCACUCUGAGGAAAGCGUUCCUCACUCUGAGGACAGCGUUCCUCACUCUGAGGACAGCGUUCCUCACUCUGAGGACAGCGUUCCUCACUCUGAGGACAGCGUUCCUCACUCUGAGGACAGCGUUCCUCACUCUGAGGACAGCGUUCCUCACUCUGAGGACAGCGUUCCUCACUCUGAGGACAGCGUUCCUCACUCUGAGGACAGCGUUCCUCACUCUGAGGACAGCGUUCCUCACUCUGAGGACAGCGUUCCUCACUCUGAGGACAGCGUUCCUCACUCUGAGGACAGCGUUCCUCACCCUGAGGACAGCGUUCCUCACUCUGAGGACAGCGUUCCUCACUCUGAGGACAGCGUUCCUCACUCUGAGGACAGCGUUCCUCACUCUGAGGACAGCGUUCCUCACACUGAGGACAGCGUUCCUCACUCUGAGGAAAACGUUCCUCACUCUGAGGACAGCGUUCCUCACUCGGAGGACAGCGUUCCUCACUCUGAGGACAGC